AUUUUAGUAGAGUUUUUAAACAACUAUCUGAUUAUUGCUUACAGAUUUGUUCCAAAUUAAUAUUUUAUCGGUUUUACACAUUUUUUAUGCAUACUUUUUCGUACUUACUCAUGUAAAUGUAAUAUGAAAUGCGCAUUGUCUCCCCCCAUGUGUGAAGUUUAAUGGUUUCGCCCAGGUUUGAACUUGAACCAGAUGUUUUUUCCCCUUUUGCUUUACGUUUAAAUGGCAAAUUAGUUGUUUGAAAGUCGGCGUCUGGUUUAAUUUUCAGCUUAAUGUCUUGCAAUUUUCUGUUUUGCGAGUGAAAUAUUUAUUCUCUUAACAAACUCUAGACUGUUUCAGAAAUGUCAAAUCAGAGAGCAGAAGCCUCCAGCGACGCUCCAGCUGACCUCCCCUGUCUGGAAAAAAUUGAGUCUCCCACAGGAAGUCCACCCACCACCUCAUUAUCCAGUUUAAUGGAGCUGGAAAAUUGUGUUUCCAACUUGAGCCUUGCUCAUGAGAUAGUGGUGAAUGGAGACUUCUGCUUUGUACCAAGGAGCCCUCCCACCAACAGUCUUGAAGGAAGAGUGAAGGAGAUUGUUCAUCUGGCUUUUUGGGACAGUCUCCAGGAAGAGUUGAACCGUGAUCCUCCAAACUACAACCAUGCCGUUAUUCUCCUGGAGGAGGUCAAAAGUAUGCUUGGCUCGCUGCUGCUACCCGGUCACAUCAGGCUGCGGGCUCAGCUGGACGAGGUGUUGGACAUGGAGCUGAUCCGGCAGCAAGUCGAACACAAUGCCCUGGACCUCCACAGACUGGCAGAAUUCAUCAUUCACACGAUGGCGUCUCUGUGUGCUCCUGUACGCGACCCAGAGGUCAGGGCUCUGCAGGACCUCAAGGGCCCCGUGGAGCUCCUGAGGGGCAUUUUCCAUGUCUUGGGCCUGAUGAAAACCGACAUGGUCAACUUCACCAUCCGGAGCCUCAGACCUCACCUCAUGCAGCAGGCCGUGCAGUAUGAAAGAGCCAAAUUCCAGCAGAUCCUGGACAAGCAUCCAGCUUCUUUAGAAAACACCACCGCUUGGCUUCAGGCUGCAGCAUCAGAGGAAAGUCCCGCCACGGACAGCCGGGGUCCCCUCAGUCCCACCGCCGUCCUUAACCGAGCUUACACGCUUCUGCUCCGCUGGGACCCGCAGGACCAGAAAUACCCUGAGACUGUGCUGAUGGACCGAGCACGUUUGGACCUUUUGAGCCAACAGCUCCAGCUGCUGGUCCUUGAAGCGUCUGUGCUGCUCUUGACCUGCACUCUGUUUCAGGGCUCCGUGCCUUUCCCGCAAGGGUUUGUAGGUAAACUCAGGCAGUCUGUCACUGCCCUGCUGGAGGGCAGUCACACCAGGGAAGCUGACCUGAAGAAGGCCUUGCUGGGAGUCGGGGAGAAAGUACUGCAGCAGGUGACUGAGGCUGUGAGCGCCCAGGGAGCAGGAGCACUGCCUCUGGAGAGCCAGGAUCUGCUGAGAGGACAGAUAUCUGACCUGUGGAGGGACAACAAUCCUGUUCGGACACUUAUCGGAGAAAGGGUUCAGGGCUUCCUCCUGGGUGUGCUGCGGGGCGGCCCGGCUAAAAGGAGUCCAGAGCUGUCUUUCCCCCUCGGGCUUCUGAGUGCUGAGCUAGCAGAGCUGGGAACGGCCUUUGGGCGAAUCAUCCACUUCAACAGAGCAGUAUUCGGUCCCUUCUACGCUCCCAUCCUCAGGAAGCUGCUGCUGCUGCCAGGAGAGGCUGAAACCGGGGAGGACUCUCGCUAACUUGACCCAAAAAUAAAAAAAAGUCAUUCGUGUGACUUGAACAUAGGUCGCACCAGAUGGAUUAAAAUGUAAAUACGGUUGCUUAGAGGUAGGGGCGGAGCUAGGAGAUUUUAUAUGAUCACAAAUGAAAGGAUAUAAUUUAAGGGAGUCAAAGUUUCUUUAAAAAUAUUGCUUUUGUUGUUUUUGCAACAUUUAUUAAUCUUUGAAAUAUUCACACACCAAGCUUUUUGGUGGGGGUUACUGACCCCCUCAUGCCCCCCUGCAGCUCCGCCCCUGCUCAGUUACCAGACUCAAGAUAGGAAAAGAGGCAGCUGAACUUGUAGUCCUUCUGUUGUUUAAUUGACAUUUACAGUCUCCAGAAACAGAAUACUUUCUUUGAUGUCAGGACUAUAGAAAAGUCCUCAUGAAAGUAUAAGGCAGUUACUGAAUAUUUAUUAUAGCACAUGUAAAUCACAAAUCUGUGUACACAAAACAAACUAGGACUGUGCAGUAGAAAGAAACAGUCACGUUUAGUGAGAACAAAACCAAGUAUUGUUGGGGGGGCUGGGGACUGAACCAAAGAAAAUAUGCAGGGGGGGGUUGUAAAGUGGACUAUAUUAUGCUUUCAAAUGUAGCUGGGUGUCUUUAUGGUUUAUGCAGAUUUACAAAAUGCACUUUUUUUGUUUGAGCAUUUAAAACUACCAAAGAUGUAAAUAAAAUAUAUAUAUAUAUGUUUUUGGUACUGUUGGGGAUGAUAAGACAAUUGUGUUUCAAUUGCAAAUAAAUAUCAAGAUAAUUCAUUUACACUCAAACAUUACAGAGAACAUUUGAAAAUAAAAGCAUCAAGAAUUGAAGGUUAAGAGGUUGAAUGACAACUAUAACAGGACACACCAAGAAUAGGUUGAGAGAAAAGG